GCCCGGAGUAACAGCCACGCAGACUAGAAAAAAGGUAAAACGCACUUUCUAAGGGGAGAGAGUGAGAAGGGAGGGGAGAGAGAAAAACGCCCUGGACACGGAGGGAGACUCGGGUUGAUAAAGCAAGAAAAGUUUUUUUUGAAUGAGAGAAAUAAGGUUUGAUUGGGAAGAAGAAUUACGUGCUUUUAUCGACUGCUGGGACCGCAGGAGGAGAAGAGGACACUGCUGAAGAUGCUCAAGCUGCUGUGUUAAAGUUGUUGCAACUCAAACUGCUCAUAGACAAACAGGAAGCAAAGAGACAGAGCCCUUGGCCUUGCUUCAGCAAUCCAAAGUACGAAAACCAAGGCAGAAACAAACGACACCAGAGCAUAGACAGAGGACAAGAACAAACAAAGGAUGGCUGAGGAGGAGGAAACCAGGGAGGUGCUCUUCUCUGACUGGUCAGGUCCAGAAAAACAGGGAAUGACCCUUGAGCAGUCAGGCGAAGGAGAGAUCUAUGUCAAAGAGGUGAAAAUGGAGUCGCCUGCUGGACGCACUGGAAGAGUACAUGAGGGUGAUCAAAUUGUGGGUGCCACCAUCUAUUUUGACAACAUGAGUUCCAAGGAGACGACGGAGCUCCUCAAGACCCUAAACAAACACAAGGUUGGACUGAAACUACAGAACAAGGACAAGUCACCAUGCCGCUCCCCCAUGGGCACUCUGUCACCCUGCCGAUCCCCAAUGGGAACUCUGACGUAUGAAGGGAGAGGAAGGGUUGGAGGCUCAAGCCAAGACAUUAUCCUGAGUGGGGAUGAUGAAGAUUACAAGAGAAUAUAUUCCAAGAAGAUUAAGCCCCGGCUGAAGUCUGAGGAUCUGGCGGAGGGCGUGGACGUCCGUACGGAGCGUCACAGCAGCACCAGCACCGACGGCAGCACGAUCACCACCAUCACCCGUCGCAUCACUACCUACACCGUGGACAUGCCAGAGGGCGUGGACGAGCAGCGUGAUCUAACCAGCCCAGAGUUUAAAGGGCAACGGUACGAGCAGUCAGGAGGGGGCAGCUCGUCUCAAAUCCGAGUUUUACACGGAAGCGGAAGCUCUUCAGGUAUAGGAGGUGGAUUGGAGGGGGGUGAUUUUGAACUAGGAGGUGAUGGUGUUUCCUUCACUGGGCCGGAUGUAACUAGCUCUUCUGAGAAGCACUGGAGCACUGGAGGGGUGAAGACCACCACUGUAACGAGGGAGAUAGAGGGCGGAGAUGGAGGAGCAGCAGGGAUCAGAUUCAAAGGAUCUAGCUUUGGGAUGCCUGGGGCGAAGGGUCAGCGGGAGUUUGGCCUCUAUAGAGGGGGUGAGCAGGGGGAGCAGGGGGGCGUUCAGGUUUCAGGUGACUCAGCUGACUACCAGGCAGGAUCAGUCAAUGUCACGGCACCUGGAAAAACAACAAAUAUUUCAUCCAGCUCCAUAUCAAUGGGUAAAGGGGAGGUGAGAGGAGUAGACGUUCAUUUGCCUGGUAGAGGCAGUGCAGACUGGCAGGGUAGGGUUGGAGGUUCAGUACCUGGAAUAACCAUUAGUGAUCAACAGGUGAGAGGGUCUGGGAGCGUAGGUCUCUCCAGAGGCAACCAGGGUGGGGUUUCCUUACCCAACAUGCCAGGCAUUGAUACAGGCUUGAAUGGGGGCAAGAUAUCAACAGACAUAAGAGUGCCAACACUUGACAUCAAUACAGGCAUGAAGGAGUCUGGCUCAGUGAAAAUGUCUGUAAAAGAAACAACAAUGGAAAGCAAACUGAAAGGUGGCAUCAAAAUGCCAUCAUUUGGACUGAACACUGGAGGUGCAGAAAGCGAUGGAGAUGUUAAACUACGGAAGGUCAAGGGUAGUGUAGAUGUUUCGGUACCUGGGGUAGAUGUAGAUUUAUCAGGCGCAUCUAGGAAUAUGAAAGGAGGAAAGACGAUAGGUGGUGUUGCCAUCAAAGGACCCAAAGUAGACAUUAAAGGUUCAGGUGUUGAUAUAGAAGGUCCAGAAGGCGGAUUCAAGAUACCCAAAGAAAAGAUACCAUCAUUUGGAGUCAGAGGAGCCGGACUUGAGGGUCCUGGGAUCGAUGUCAACCUACCAAAAACUGACAUUGACAUCAGAGCUCCCAAAGUAGACAUUGAAGGUCCAGAUGUUGACAUUGAAGGUUCAGGAGGAUUUAAGAUGCCAAAGAUGAAGAUGCCCUCAUUUGGAAUCAAAGGAUCUAAAUUGGAGGGUCCAGAUAUUGAUGUCAAACUACCAAAAGCUGACAUUGACAUCAAGGCUCCCAAAGUUGACAUUAAAGGUCCAUCAAUAUCAGGACCAAAGAUCUCAAUGCCCGAUGUGGACUUCAAUCUGAAAGGCUCAAAGGUGAAGGGAGAUUUGAGUAUGUCAGGAGACGUCAAAGCACCCAAAGUAGACAUUGAAGGUCCAGAUGUUGACAUUGAAGGUUCAGGAGGAUUUAAGUUGCCGAAGAUGAAAAUACCCUCAUUUGGAAUCAAAGGGUCCAAAGUUGAGGGGGAAGUUGAUGUCAAACUACCUAAAGGUGACAUUGACAUCAAGGGACCUAAUGUUAACAUCAAAGGUCCAGAACUUGACUUCGAAGGCCCUGAUGGGAAAAUCAAGGGUCCAAAAUUCACAAUGCCAUCAAUGUCAGGCCCAAAGGUCUCAAUGCCUGAUAUGGACAUCAAUCUGAAAGGUCCAAAGGUGAAGGGAGAUGUAGAUGUGUCAGUGCCAAAGCUAGAAGGAGACAUCAAGGCUCCCAAAGUUGACAUUAAAGGUCCAUCAAUAUCAGGACCAAAGAUCUCAAUGCCCGAUGUGGACUUCAAUCUAAAAGGCCCAAAGGUGAAGGGAGAUUUGAGUUUGUCAGGAGACCUCAAAGCACCCAAAGUAGACAUUGAAGGUCCAGAUGUUGACAUUGAAGGUUCAGGAGGAUUUAAGAUGCCAAAGAUGAAGAUGCCAUCAUUUGGAAUCAAAGGGUCCAAAGUUGAGGGGGAAGUUGAUGUCAAACUACCUAAAGGUGACAUUGACAUCAAGGCUCCCAAAGUUGACAUUAAAGGUCCAUCAAUAUCAGGACCAAAUAUCUCAAUUCCCGAUGUGGACUUCAACCUGAAAGGCCCAAAGGUGAAGGGAGAUUUGGGUUUGUCAGGGGACCUCAAAGCACCCAAAGUAGACAUUGAAGGUCCAGAUGUUGACAUUGGAGGUUCAGGAGGAUUUAAGAUGCCAAAGAUGAAGAUGCCAUCAUUUGGAAUCAAAGGGUCCAAAGUUGAGGGAGAAGUUGAUGUCAAACUACCAAAAGCUGACAUUGACAUCAAGGCUCCCAAAGUUGACAUUAAAGGUCCAUCAAUAUCAGGACCAAAGAUCUCAAUGCCCGAUGUGGACUUCAAUCUAAAAGGCCCAAAGGUGAAGGGAGAUUUGGGUUUGUCAGGGGACCUCAAAGCACCCAAAGUAGACGUUAAAGGUCCAGAUGUUGACGUUGAAGGAUUAGGAGGAUUUAAGAUGCCAAAGAUGAAGAUGCCCUCAUUUGGAAUCAAAGGAUCUAAUUUGGAGGGUCCAGAUAUUGAUGUCAACCUACCAAAAGCUGACAUUGACAUCAAAGCUCCCAAAGUUGACAUUAAAGGUCCAUCAAUAUCAGGACCAAAGAUCUCAAUGCCCGAUGUGGACUUCAACCUGAAAGGUCCAAAAGUGAAGGGAGAUUUGGGUUUGUCAGGGGACCUCAAAGCACCCAAAGUAGACAUUGAAGGUCCAGAUGUUGACAUUGAAGGUUCAGGAGGAUUUAAGAUGCCAAAGGUAAAGAUGCCCUCAUUUGGAAUCAAAGGGUCCAAAGUUGACGGAGAUAUUCAUGUCAACCUACCAAAAGCUGACAUUGACAUCAAGGCUCCCAAAGUUGACAUUAAAGGUCCAUCAAUAUCAGGACCAAAUAUCUCAAUGCCCGAUGUGGACUUCAAUCUAAAAGGUCCAAAGGUGAAGGGAGAUUUGGGCAUGUCAGGAGACUUCAAAGCACCCAAAGUAGACGUUGAAGGUCCAGAUGUUGACAUUGGAGGUUCAGGAGGAUUUAAGAUGCCAAAGGUGAAGAUGCCCUCAUUUGGAAUCAAAGGAUCUAAAUUGGAGGGUCCAGAUAUUGAUGUCAACCUACCAAAAGCUGACAUUGACAUCAAGGCUCCCAAAGUUGACAUUAAAAGUCCAUCAAUAUCAGGACCAAAGAUCUCAAUGCCAGAUGUGGACUUCAACAUGAAAGGACCAAAGGUGAAGGGAGAUUUGGGUUUGUCAGGGGACCUCAAAGCACCCAAAGUAGACAUCGAAUGUCCAGAUGUUGACAUUGGAGGUUCAGGAGGAUUUAAGAUGCCAAAGAUGAAGAUGCCAUCAUUUGGAAUCAAAGGGUCCAAAGUUGAGGGAGAAGUUGAUGUCAAACUACCUAAAGGUGACAUUGACAUCAAGGGACCUAAUGUUAACAUCAAAGGUCCAGAACUUGACUUCGAAGGCCCUGAUGGGAAAAUCAAGGGUCCAAAAUUCACGAUGCCAUCAAUGUCAGGCCCAAAGGUCUCAAUGCCUGAUAUGGACAUCAAUCUGAAAGGUCCAAAGGUGAAGGGAGAUGUAGAUGUGUCAGUGCCAAAGCUAGAAGGAGACAUCAAGGCUCCCAAAGUUGACAUUAAAGGUCCAUCAAUAUCAGGACCAAAGAUCUCAAUGCCCGAUGUGGACUUCAAUCUAAAAGGCCCAAAGGUGAAGGGAGAUUUGGGUUUGUCAGGGGACCUCAAAGCACCCAAAGUAGACGUUAAAGGUCCAGAUGUUGACGUUGAAGGAUCAGGAGGAUUUAAGAUGCCAAAGGUGAAGAUGCCCUCAUUUGGAAUCAAAGGAUCUAAUUUGGAGGGUCCAGAUAUUGAUGUCAACCUACCAAAAGCUGACAUUGACAUCAAAGCUCCCAAAGUUGACAUUAAAGGUCCAUCAAUAUCAGGACCAAAGAUCUCAAUGCCCGAUGUGGACUUCAACCUGAAAGGCCCAAAGGUGAAGGGAGAUUUGAGUUUGUCAGGGGACCUUAAAGCACCCAAAGUAGACAUUGAAGGUCCAGAUGUUGACAUUGAAGGUUCAGGAGGAUUUAAGAUGCCAAAGGUAAAGAUGCCCUCAUUUGGAAUCAAAGGGUCCAAAGUUGACGGAGAUGUUGAUGUCAAACUACCAAAAGCUGACAUUGACAUCAAGGCUCCCAAAGUUGACAUUAAAGGUCCAUUAAUAUCAGGACCAAAGAUCUCAAUGCCCGAUGUGGACUUCAACCUGAAAGGCCCAAAGGUGAAGGGAGAUUUGGGCAUGUCAGGAGACUUCAAAGCACCCAAAGUAGACAUUGAAGGUCCAGAUGUUGACAUUGAAGGAUCAGGAGGAUUUAAGAUGCCAAAGAUGAAGAUGCCCUCAUUUGGAAUCAAAGGGUCUAAAUUGGAGGGUCCAGAUAUUGAUGUCAACCUACCAAAAGCUGACAUUGACAUCAAAGCUCCCAAAGUUGACAUUAAAGGUCCAUCAAUAUCAGGACCAAAGAUCUCAAUGCCCGAUGUGGACUUCAACCUGAAAGGCCCAAAGGUGAAGGGAGAUUUGAGUUUGUCAGGGGACCUUAAAGCACCCAAAGUAGACAUUGAAGGUCCAGAUGUUGACAUUGAAGGUUCAGGAGGAUUUAAGAUGCCAAAGGUGAAGAUGCCCUCAUUUGGAAUCAAAGGGUCCAAAGUUGAGGGAGAAGUUGAUGUCAAACUACCUAAAGGUGACAUUGACAUCAAGGGACCUAAUGUUAACAUCAAAGGUCCAGAACUUGACUUCGAAGGCCCUGAUGGGAAAAUCAAGGGUCCAAAAUUCACAAUGCCAUCAAUGUCAGGCCCAAAGGUCUCAAUGCCUGAUAUGGACAUCAAUCUGAAAGGUCCAAAGGUGAAGGGAGAUGUAGAUGUGUCAGUGCCAAAGCUAGAAGGAGACAUCAAGGCUCCCAAAGUUGACAUUAAAGGUCCAUCAAUAUCAGGACCAAAGAUCUCAAUGCCCGAUGUGGACUUCAAUCUAAAAGGCCCAAAGGUGAAGGGAGAUUUGGGUUUGUCAGGGGACCUCAAAGCACCCAAAGUAGACGUUAAAGGUCCAGAUGUUGACGUUGAAGGAUUAGGAGGAUUUAAGAUGCCAAAGAUGAAGAUGCCCUCAUUUGGAAUCAAAGGAUCUAAUUUGGAGGGUCCAGAUAUUGAUGUCAACCUACCAAAAGCUGACAUUGACAUCAAAGCUCCCAAAGUUGACAUUAAAGGUCCAUCAAUAUCAGGACCAAAGAUCUCAAUGCCCGAUGUGGACUUCAACCUGAAAGGUCCAAAAGUGAAGGGAGAUUUGGGUUUGUCAGGGGACCUCAAAGCACCCAAAGUAGACAUUGAAGGUCCAGAUGUUGACAUUGAAGGUUCAGGAGGAUUUAAGAUGCCAAAGGUAAAGAUGCCCUCAUUUGGAAUCAAAGGGUCCAAAGUUGACGGAGAUAUUGAUGUCAACCUACCAAAAGCUGACAUUGACAUCAAGGCUCCCAAAGUUGACAUUAAAGGUCCAUCAAUAUCAGGACCAAAGAUCUCAAUGCCCGAUGUGGACUUCAAUCUAAAAGGCCCAAAGGUGAAGGGAGAUUUGGGUUUGUCAGGGGACCUCAAAGCACCCAAAGUAGACGUUAAAGGUCCAGAUGUUGACGUUGAAGGAUUAGGAGGAUUUAAGAUGCCAAAGGUGAAGAUGCCCUCAUUUGGAAUCAAAGGAUCUAAUUUGGAGGGUCCAGAUAUUGAUGUCAACCUACCAAAAGCUGACAUUGACAUCAAAGCUCCCAAAGUUGACAUUAAAGGUCCAUCAAUAUCAGGACCAAAGAUCUCAAUGCCCGAUGUGGACUUCAACCUGAAAGGUCCAAAGGUGAAGGGAGAUUUGGGUUUGUCAGGGGACCUCAAAGCACCCAAAGUAGACAUUGAAGGUCCAGAUGUUGACAUUGAAGGUUCAGGAGGAUUUAAGAUGCCAAAGGUAAAGAUGCCCUCAUUUGGAAUCAAAGGGUCCAAAGUUGACGGAGAUGUUGAUGUCAAACUACCAAAAGCUGACAUUGACAUCAAGGCUCCCAAAGUUGACAUUAAAGGUCCAUCAAUAUCAGGACCAAAGAUCUCAAUGCCCGAUGUGGACUUCAAUCUAAAAGGUCCAAAGGUGAAGGGAGAUUUGGGCAUGUCAGGAGACUUCAAAGCACCCAAAGUAGACGUUGAAGGUCCAGAUGUUGACAUUGAAGGAUCAGGAGGAUUUAAGAUGCCAAAGAUGAAGAUGCCCUCAUUUGGAAUCAAAGGAUCUAAAUUGGAGGGUCCAGAUAUUGAUGUCAACCUACCAAAAGCUGACAUUGACAUCAAGGCUCCCAAAGUUGACAUUAAAAGUCCAUCAAUAUCAGGACCAAAGAUCUCAAUGCCCGAUGUGGACUUCAACCUGAAAGGACCAAAGGUGAAGGGAGAUUUGGGUUUGUCAGGGGACCUCAAAGCACCCAAAGUAGACAUCGAAGGUCCAGAUGUUGACAUUGAAGGUUCAGGAGGAUUUAAGAUGCCAAAGAUGAAGAUGCCAUCAUUUGGAAUCAAAGGGUCCAAAGUUGAGGGAGAAGUUGAUGUCAAACUACCUAAAGGUGACAUUGACAUCAAGGGACCUAAUGUUAACAUCAAAGGUCCAGAACUUGACUUCGAAGGCCCUGAUGGGAAAAUCAAGGGUCCAAAAUUCACGAUGCCAUCAAUGUCAGGCCCAAAGGUCUCAAUGCCUGAUAUGGACAUCAAUCUGAAAGGUCCAAAGGUGAAGGGAGAUGUAGAUGUGUCAGUGCCAAAGCUAGAAGGAGACAUCAAGGCUCCCAAAGUUGACAUUAAAGGUCCAUCAAUAUCAGGACCAAAGAUCUCAAUGCCCGAUGUGGACUUCAAUCUAAAAGGCCCAAAGGUGAAGGGAGAUUUGGGUUUGUCAGGGGACCUCAAAGCACCCAAAGUAGACGUUAAAGGUCCAGAUGUUGACGUUGAAGGAUUAGGAGGAUUUAAGAUGCCAAAGGUGAAGAUGCCCUCAUUUGGAAUCAAAGGAUCUAAUUUGGAGGGUCCAGAUAUUGAUGUCAACCUACCAAAAGCUGACAUUGACAUCAAAGCUCCCAAAGUUGACAUUAAAGGUCCAUCAAUAUCAGGACCAAAGAUCUCAAUGCCCGAUGUGGACUUCAACCUGAAAGGUCCAAAGGUGAAGGGAGAUUUGGGUUUGUCAGGGGACCUCAAAGCACCCAAAGUAGACAUUGAAGGUCCAGAUGUUGACAUUGAAGGUUCAGGAGGAUUUAAGAUGCCAAAGGUAAAGAUGCCCUCAUUUGGAAUCAAAGGGUCCAAAGUUGACGGAGAUGUUGAUGUCAAACUACCAAAAGCUGACAUUGACAUCAAGGCUCCCAAAGUUGACAUUAAAGGUCCAUCAAUAUCAGGACCAAAGAUCUCAAUGCCCGAUGUGGACUUCAAUCUAAAAGGUCCAAAGGUGAAGGGAGAUUUGGGCAUGUCAGGAGACUUCAAAGCACCCAAAGUAGACGUUGAAGGUCCAGAUGUUGACAUUGAAGGAUCAGGAGGAUUUAAGAUGCCAAAGAUGAAGAUGCCUUCGUUUGGAAUCAAAGGAUCUAAAUUGGAGGGUCCAGAUAUUGAUGUCAACCUACCAAAAGCUGACAUUGACAUCAAGGCUCCCAAAGUUGACAUUAAAGGUCCAUCAAUAUCAGGACCAAAGAUCUCAAUGCCCGAUGUGGACUUCAAUCUGAAAGGUCCCAAGCUGAAGGGAGAUGUGGAUGUGUCAGUGCCAAAGAUAAAAGGAGACAUCAAAUCACCGAAAGUAGACAUUGAAGGUCCAGAUGUUGACUUUGAAGGAUCAGGAGGAAUUAAAAUGCCAAAGAUGAAGAUGCCGUCUAUGACUGGCCCCAAAAUGUCAAUGCCUGAUGUUGAUUUCAGUCUCAAAGGGCCAAAGUUCAAAGGGGGAGUUGAGGGAGAAAUGAGUACACCCAAAUCUGAAUUUGAAGGAUUGGAUAUCUCAGUAGAGAGUCCAGACAUUGCACCAAAGAAGUCUAAGUUCAAAAUGCCAAAGUUUGGAUUCAAAGGGCCCAAAGUCAAGUCUCCUGAGGUUGAUGUAAAGCUAGCAAAAGCAGAUAUCAAUAUCAAAGCACCGAAAGGUAGUGUUCCAGACCUUGACCUUGACAUUGGGGCUAACAGCCCUAAGGUCAAAGGAUCCAAAUUCAAAAUGCCUAAAUUUGGAUUCAAAAGCCCGAAGGUAGAGAUGCCAGAAGUAGAUAUUAAUCUUCCUAAAGCUGACAUUGACUUCAAGGGACCCAAUGUCGAUAUUAAAGGUCCUCAUGUUGACAUUGAAAGUCCUGAUGGCAAAAUCAAGGGACCAAAAAACAAGAUGCCAUCAAUAUCAGGACCAAAGAUCUCUAUGCCUGAUGUGGACUUCAACCUGAAAGGUCCAAAGGUGAAAGGAGAUGUGAAUGUUUCAGUCCCCAAGAUCGAAGGAGACAUCAAAGCUCCAAACGUAGACAUUGAAGGCCCAGAUGGUAAAAUCAAAGGGCCGAAGUUCAAGAUGCCAUCAAUAUCAGGACCAAACAUCUCAAUGCCUGACAUGGACUUCAACCUGAAAGGUCCAAAGAUGAAGGGAGAUCUGGAUCUGUCAGGAAACCUCAAAGCACCCAAAGUAGACAUAGAAGGUCCAGAUGUUGACAUUGAAGGUUCAGGAGGAUUUAAGAUGCCGAAGAUGAAGAUGCCCUCAUUUGGAAUCAAAUUACCCAAAGUUGAGGGAGAUUUUGAUGUCAAUCUACCUAAAGGCGACAUUGACAUUGAAGGUCCAGAAAUUGACAUUGCAGGUCCAGAUGGUAAAAUCAAAGGGCCGAAAUUCAAGAUGCCAUCAAUAUCAGGACCAAACAUCUCAAUGCCUGACAUGGACUUCAACCUGAAAGGUCCAAAGAUGAAAGGAGAUGUGAAUGUUUCAGUCCCCAAGAUCGAGGGAGACAUCAAAGGUCCAAACGUAGACAUUGAAGGUGCAGAUGGUAAAAUCAAAGGGCCGAAAUUCAAGAUGCCAUCAAUAUCUGGACCAAAGAUCUCGAUGCCUGAUGUGGACUUCAACCUGAAAGGUCCAAAGGUGAAGGGAGAUCUGGAUAUCUCAGGAAACCUCAAAGCACCCAAAGUAGACAUUGAAGGUCCAGAUGUUGACAUUGAAGGUUCAGGAGGAUUUAAGAUGCCAAAGAUGAAGAUGCCUUCGUUUGGAAUCAAAGGACCCAAAGUUGAGGGAGAUUUUGAUGUCAAUCUACCUAAAGGCGACAUUGACAUUGAAGGUCCAGAAAUUGACAUUGCAGGUCCAGAUGGUAAAAUCAAAGGGCCGAAAUUCAAGAUGCCAUCAAUAUCAGGACCAAACAUCUCAAUGCCUGACAUGGACUUCAACCUGAAAGGUCCAAAGGUGAAAGGAGAUGUGAAUGUUUCAGUCCCCAAGAUCGAAGGAGACAUCAAAGGUCCAAACCUAGACAUUGAAGGUGCAGAUGGUAAAAUCAAAGGGCCGAAAUUCAAGAUGCCAUCAAUAUCUGGACCAAACAUCUCAAUGCCUGACAUGGACUUCAACCUGAAAGGUCCAAAGGUGAAGGGAGAUCUGGAUAUAUCAGGAAACCUCAAAGCACCCAAAGUAGACAUUGAAGGUCCAGAUGUUGACAUUGAAGGUUCUGGAGGAUUUAAGAUGCCAAAGAUGAAGAUGCCUUCGUUUGGAUUCAAAGGACCCAAAGUUGAGGGAGAUUUUGAUGUCAAUCUACCUAAAGGCGACAUUGACAUUGAAGGUCCAGAAAUUGACAUUGCAGGUCCAGAUGGUAAAAUCAAAGGACCGAAAUUCAAGAUGCCAUCAAUAUCUGGACCAAAGAUCUCUAUGCCUGAUGUGGACUUCAACCUGAAAGGUCCAAAGGUGAAAGGAGACGUGAAUGUUUCAGUCCCCAAGAUCGAGGGAGACAUCAAAGGUCCAAACGUAGAAAUUGAAGGUCCAGAUGGUAAAAUCAAAGGGCCGAAAUUCAAGAUGCCAUCAAUAUCAGGACCAAACAUCUCAAUGCCUGACAUGGACUUCAACCUGAAAGGUCCAAAGGUGAAGGGAGAUCUGGAUAUAUCAGGAAACCUCAAAGCACCCAAAGUAGACAUUGAAGGUCCAGAUGUUGACAUUGAAGGUUCUGGAGGAUUUAAGAUGCCAAAGAUGAAGAUGCCUUCGUUUGGAUUCAAAGGACCCAAAGUUGAGGGAGAUUUUGAUGUCAAUCUACCUAAAGGCGACAUUGACAUUGAAGGUCCAGAAAUUGACAUUGCAGGUCCAGAUGGUAAAAUCAAAGGACCGAAAUUCAAGAUGCCAUCAAUAUCUGGACCAAAGAUCUCUAUGCCUGAUGUGGACUUCAACCUGAAAGGUCCAAAGGUGAAGGGAGAUCUGGAUAUCUCAGGAAACCUCAAAGCACCCAAAGUAGACAUUGAAGGUCCAGAUGUUGACAUUGAAGGUUCAGGAGGAUUUAAGAUGCCAAAGAUGAAGAUGCCUUCGUUUGGAAUCAAAGGACCCAAAGUUGAGGGAGACUUUGAUGUCAAUCUACCUAAAGGCGACAUUGACAUUGAAGGUCCAGAAAUUGACAUUGAAGGUCCAGAUGGUAAAAUCAAAGGGCCGAAAUUCAAGAUGCCAUCAAUAUCUGGACCAAAGAUCUCUAUGCCUGAUGUGGACUUCAACCUGAAAGGUCCAAAGGUGAAGGGAGAUCUGGAUAUCUCUGGAAACCUCAAAGCACCCAAAGUAGACAUUGAAGGUCCAGAUGUUGACAUUGAAGGUUCAGGAGGAUUUAAGAUGCCAAAGAUGAAGAUGCCUUCGUUUGGAAUCAAAGGACCCAAAGUUGAGGGAGACUUUGAUGUCAAUCUACCUAAAGGCGACAUUGACAUUGAAGGUCCAGAAAUUGACAUUGCAGGUCCAGAUGGUAAAAUCAAAGGACCGAAAUUCAAGAUGCCAUCAAUAUCUGGACCAAAGAUCUCUAUGCCUGAUGUGGACUUCAACCUGAAAGGUCCAAAGGUGAAAGGAGACGUGAAUGUUUCAGUCCCCAAGAUCGAGGGAGACAUCAAAGGUCCAAACGUAGACAUUGAAGGUCCAGAUGGUAAAAUCAAAGGGCCGAAAUUCAAGAUGCCAUCAAUAUCAGGACCAAACAUCUCAAUGCCUGACAUGGACUUCAACCUGAAAGGUCCAAAGAUGAAGGGAGAUCUGGAUCUGUCAGGAAACCUCAAGGCACCCAAAGUAGACAUUGAAGGUCCAGAUGUUGACAUUGAAGGUUCAGGAGGAUUUAAGAUGCCAAAGAUGAAGAUGCCCUCAUUUGGAUUCAAAGGACCCAAAGUUGAGGGAGAUUUUGAUGUCAAUCUACCUAAAGUCGACAUUGACAUUGAAGGUCCAGAAAUUGACAUUGCAGGUCCAGAUGGUAAAAUCAAAGGGCCGAAAUUCAAGAUGCCAUCAAUAUCAGGACCAAACAUCUCAAUGCCUGACAUGGACUUCAACCUGAAAGGUCCAAAGGUGAAAGGAGAUGUGAAUGUUUCAGUCCCCAAGAUCGAAGGAGACAUCAAAGGUCCAAACGUAGACAUUGAAGGUCCAGAUGGUAAAAUCAAAGGGCCGAAAUUCAAGAUGCCAUCAAUAUCUGGACCAAACAUCUCAAUGCCUGACAUGGACUUCAACCUGAAAGGUCCAAAGGUGAAGGGAGAUCUGGAUAUAUCAGGAAACCUCAAAGCACCCAAAGUAGACAUUGAAGGUCCAGAUGUUGACAUUGAAGGUUCUGGAGGAUUUAAGAUGCCAAAGAUGAAGAUGCCUUCGUUUGGAUUCAAAGGACCCAAAGUUGAGGGAGAUUUUGAUGUCAAUCUACCUAAAGGCGACAUUGACAUUGAAGGUCCAGAAAUUGACAUUUUAGGUCCAGAUGGUAAAAUCAAAGGACCGAAAUUCAAGAUGCCAUCAAUAUCUGGACCAAAGAUCUCUAUGCCUGAUGUGGACUUCAACCUGAAAGGUCCAAAGGUGAAGGGAGAUCUGGAUAUCUCAGGAAACCUCAAAGCACCCAAAGUAGACAUUGAAGGUCCAGAUGUUGACAUUGAAGGUUCAGGAGGAUUUAAGAUGCCAAAGAUGAAGAUGCCUUCGUUUGGAAUCAAAGGACCCAAAGUUGAGGGAGAUUUUGAUGUCAAUCUACCUAAAGGCGACAUUGACAUUGAAGGUCCAGAAAUUGACAUUGAAGGUCCAGAUGGUAAAAUCAAAGGGCCGAAAUUCAAGAUGCCAUCAAUAUCUGGACCAAAGAUCUCUAUGCCUGAUGUGGACUUCAACCUGAAAGGUCCAAAGGCAAAGGGAGAUCUGGAUAUCUCAGGAAACCUCAAAGCACCCAAAGUAGACAUUGAAGGUCCAGAUGUUGACAUUGAAGGUUCAGGAGGAUUUAAGAUGCCAAAGAUGAAGAUGCCUUCGUUUGGAAUCAAAGGACCCAAAGUUGAGGGAGAUUUUGAUGUCAAUCUACCUAAAGGCGACAUUGACAUUGAAGGUCCAGAAAUUGACAUUGCAGGUCCAGAUGGUAAAAUCAAAGGACCGAAAUUCAAGAUGCCAUCAAUAUCUGGACCAAAGAUCUCUAUGCCUGAUGUGGACUUCAACCUGAAAGGUCCAAAGGUGAAAGGAGAUGUGAAUGUUUCAGUCCCCAAGAUCGAGGGAGACAUCAAAGGUCCAAACGUAGACAUUGAAGGUCCAGAUGGUAAAAUCAAAGGGCCGAAAUUCAAGAUGCCAUCAAUAUCUGGUCCAAACAUCUCAAUGCCUGACAUGGACUUCAACCUGAAAGGUCCAAAGAUGAAGGGAGAUCUGGAUAUCUCAGGAAACCUCAAGGCACCCAAAGUAGACAUUGAAGGUCCAGAUGUUGACAUUGAAGGUUCUGGAGGAUUUAAGAUGCCAAAGAUGAAGAUGCCUUCGUUUGGAUUCAAAGGACCCAAAGUUGAGGGAGAUUUUGAUGUCAAUCUACCUAAAGGCGACAUUGACAUUGAAGGUCCAGAAAUUGACAUUGCAGGUCCAGAUGGUAAAAUCAAAGGACCGAAAUUCAAGAUGCCAUCAAUAUCUGGACCAAAGAUCUCUAUGCCUGAUGUGGACUUCAACCUGAAAGGUCCAAAGGUGAAGGGAGAUCUGGAUAUCUCAGGAAACCUCAAGGCACCCAAAGUAGACAUUGAAGGUCCAGAUGUUGACAUUGAAGGUUCAGGAGGAUUUAAGAUGCCAAAGAUGAAGAUGCCUUCGUUUGGAAUCAAAGGACCCAAAGUUGAGGGAGAUUUUGAUGUCAAUCUACCUAAAGGCGACAUUGACAUUGAAGGUCCAGAAAUUGACAUUGCAGGUCCAGAUGGUAAAAUCAAAGGGCCGAAAUUCAAGAUGCCAUCAAUAUCAGGACCAAACAUCUCAAUGCCUGACAUGGACUUCAACCUGAAAGGUCCAAAGAUGAAGGGAGAUGUGAAUGUUUCAGUCCCCAAGAUUGAAGGAGACAUCAAAGGUCCAAACCUAGACAUUGAAGGUCCAGAUGGUAAAAUCAAAGGGCCGAAAUUCAAGAUGCCAUCAAUAUCUGGACCAAACAUAUCAAUGCCUGACAUGGACUUCAACCUGAAAGGUCCAAAGAUGAAGGGAGAUCUGGAUAUAUCAGGAAACCUCAAAGCACCCAAAGUAGACAUUGAAGGUCCAGAUGUUGACAUUGAAGGUUCAGGAGGAUUUAAGAUGCCAAAGAUGAAGAUGCCUUCGUUUGGAUUCAAAGGUCCCAAACUUGAGGGUCCAGAUAUUGAUUGCAACCUACCUAAAGCUGAUAUUGACCUCAAGGCUCCCAAAAUUGACAUUAAAGGUCCAGAUCUCAACCUCAGAGGCCCUGAUGCUAAGUUGUCCGGUGGAUCCCUUGAUAUGGGAAGUCCCAGUUUCAGUUUUGACAAACCAGAUGUUAAGUUUCCUAAGUUCAAAGGUCCCACAUUUGGUAUUAGGUCACCUGAAGUUGAAGGGCCUGAACUGAAUAUGGAUGUGAAGGCACCUGAGGUUGACCUUAACCUAGGGGAUGCAAAUAUCAAAGGACCUAAAUUCAAAGCACCAAAGAUCCAUAUGGGAGGAAAGAGCCCCAAAUUAAAUGUUAAUUUGCCAGAGGUCGACAGUAGUCUAGAAGCCCCUGAUGUUGACGUUCAUGUCAAAGGAAAGAAAGGUAAAUUCAAACUGCCCAAAAUCAAAGGGAAAGCAAAGAAACAUGAUGUAGAUAUUGACCUUGAAACAUCAGGUGUAGAUUUAGAUGUUGACUCUCCUGAGCUUCACCUGAAAGGAGCAAAAGUAAAGAAACCUUUCUUUGGAAAACUUCAUUUCCCUGAUGUGGAAUUUGAUGUAAAAUCUCCCAAAGUUAAAGGUGAUGGCUCUCUGUCUGGUGGCUUGUCAUCUGGGAGUCUACAAGCCAAUAUUGAGGCACCAGAUCUAAACGUGCAAGUCCCAGAUGUAAAAACUAAGUCUAACAUAAAAUUUCCAGGGAUGAAAAUCAAAGGGCCCCAGGUGAAUGUACCUGAUGUUGAUGUAAAUGUGAACAGGAAAAAUCUGAAAGGAGAGGCAAGCCUUUCAGGAGAUUUAAAAGGUCCUAAGAUAGAUAUUGGAGGAGGGGGAGGAAGAGUAGAUGUUGACUCAAAUGUUUCAGGAUACAGUGGACUACAUUUCCCAGAGGGACACGUAUCAUUCCCCAAAAUCAAUGUUCCAAAGUACCAUGGGCCAGAGAUGGGAGAAGAUGUUGAUGCAGGAUCAAGAGCAGGGGCAGGGGCAACAGUGAGGGGUGGAAAGAUUGAUGUGCAGGCUCCUUCGGUUAGUGGUAGUUCUCCGAGCCUGGAGCUGCACAGUGGUGAGAAAGUAAAGGUCAAGAUGCCAAGGUUCGGUUUUGGCAAGUCAAAAGCAAAGGGAGGUAGUGCAGUAGAUCUUAGCUUUCAGGGGCCGGACGCAGAACUGGGAGCCGGUGGCGGUGUUAAGGGCUCCAAAGAGUUGAGUUUAAGUCAUGGGGAGUUAGUAAGUGGCAAGUUGUCUGUAGAGGGAGGAUCUGGGCAUAGUGUGUCCCCUAAGAGCAAAUCAGCCUCACUGGAUCUUUUGAAGAAAUCAAGGCAUCGGUCUUCCUCUGUGGCGAGUGACGAGGGAGAUCUGGCUGUGUCUUCCCCCUCAAGUCACUUAAGUGCUGAGGGUGGCGACAUCUCUGUAGAUGUUGGGAGGGCCAAGGUGAAAGGAAAGAAGUUAAAGUUUGGCACCUUUGGUGGUUUUGGCUCAAAGUCAAAGGGCUCAUAUGAAGUGCGACUGGGUGAAGAUAGUGAAGAGAGAGUUGAGGCAAGUGGUGUAUCUCUACCCUCCAAAAAGUCUAGAAUCUCUUCAUCCUCUAGCAGUGACAGUGGGUCUAGAGGUGGUUUCCGUUUCCCAAAACUCGAGUUGUCUGUGUCACCAAAGAAAUGAUGAAUUGUGAGGAUAAUUAUUAACUACAACCCAAUUGUCUGUUCCAUGUACACAACACCCCUAUCUGCUCAAGUUUUUAAACUUAUGGGGUAGAUGACAUUGUUCAGACUACAAUUUAACUGUAAAUAAGAUGAAUCUGUAUUGUAUUGUAUUAUUAAGUAUUGUCUUUUGUACAUAGUCAAAAUUUAUUGAACUUAUUACCAUCUCACCAAAUUCAUACCAAUAGUGCCUCACAUGUUUAGUCCAAGUGUUGCAUUGCAUUCUUUUAAAAAUGCAUUUAGUUAAGAUUAGCUGUGGUAUUUUUGUAUCCAGACGGGGUCUAUUGCACAAACAUAGUUUAGUUUGUUAUUUUGAAGAAAAGUAUGUUUAUAUACACAGACAACAACUACUUUUCGUUUUUAAUGUAUGUAAUGAUUUACAUUUGUUUUGAAGCUUUGGAUAUAUAAUCGUUGCAGAAGCAUAUUUACUCAACAUAGAGCAGGGCCCUGUAUAACAUUCUAUCAAGAGUGACAAUGCUAUUAGAGACCAUCAUUGAAAAUAAAAGCAAUGUUUAUGUACUCUAUCAACUCUAUGAACAGCUGUUGUUAAUCUUUGAGAGAGAGAGAGAGAGAGAAUGUCCUUUUUAAUUUUAUUUUUAUUUUUUAAUAUAUUUUUUUUUACAUCCAUUUGAUUACUACUAUUUGUCAAUUUUUCCCUUCAACACCUUUAAUUAGAAUUCUACUCAAAUGACAAAUGACAAAAUAACGUAUGAUGAAGAAUCCAUUUGUAUUUUUUAAUUGUUUUAUUCUUGUACAAUCAAGAGAUGUAAUGUAAAGAAACAGAAUAAGGAAAGUAUAAAUUAUAAAGUAUAAAAAAAGUAAGAAAGUAUAAAUAUAAAUAAAGCAAAUUGUGUUUUUUAACGAAGACAUUGUCUUACAUUCAGAUGGAUCACUCUCUCUCUCUCAAUGUCUCUCUAUUUCUCUCCCUCACUGUCUCACUUAAUGUAAGUCUCUGGUGUUUUGGUUAUACUAAAGAAAAUAUAUGACUAUCAUGAAUAAAGAGUCACGCUGUAUUCUUUUUGUUGUUGCACCUUUUAUAGGUAAACAAAUAUCUGCAAUGUUAAUAACAGAGAACGAAAGAUGAAAAUUUUCUCUUUUAUUUGAUGGAGUUGGGAGUUUUGAAUACUAUUUGGAUCAAUUGUGUUUCAUUCUGCAAAAUAAAUCUAAUAAACGGUUAAGAUACCAA